AUGACACCUUUACAGAUCGACACUACCGGCCAUGGGUCUGGGCCAGCAGAUAUCAUCAACGGUAGCCUCCCUUCUCCUGACGCUUCAUCAGAGGAUGAUUUCUAUGAAGCCCGUGAUCCGAUGUUGUUGGCAUCAAAACGCAUGUCUGAAGAACAGCUCCGUGCGAUUCGCUCAUCCAAGAAAGUCAAAGAGUUUUAUCGUGAACAGAAUGAGUUGAUUGAGGACUUGCUCGAACCUCCAGGGGGACGAGAGGGGGCACAAGAGGAAGAAGAGAAGAACCAACUCAAAGUAUGCAACUCUUCUCUCUCUCUCUAUCUCUCCUUAUUUCUCAACUCUCAGAAAAAUCUUUUAACACUCAAAAUUGCGGUGUAUGGAUCAUUUGGAGUCAACGUGUUGCUGUUUAUGCUGCAACUCUAUGCUGCUAUUUCUUCAAAAUCAUUAGCAUUGUUUGCAACCAUGGCAGAUUCAUUCAUGGACUUGCUUUCGGGUGUCAUUCUCACGUACGCUGCUAGAGCUUCUACUAAGAGUAACUGGAAAUAUCCUUCGGGCAAGUCGCGUAUGGAGACUGCAGGAACAAUUGUCUUUGCUUCCUUGAUGGCAACUGUUUCACUUCAAUUGAUCAUUGAGUCUGUCAGAACAUUGCUCGAGAACAACCAGACACCUCCUAUGCCUAGUGCUAUCGCUAUUGCAUUCGUUGGAUUCGCACUCAUCAGCAAAUUUCUUCUCUUUCUUUAUUGCAAGGCGAUUAGACAGUAUAACGCAGCCAACAUUUUAGCAACGGAUCACAGGAAUGAUUUGUCAGUGAAUGGAUUUGGUCUGUUUGCGUCCUUGAUGAGCAGAUACUGCUGGUGGCUUGAUCCAGCUGGUGCUAUCGUGGUUUCUCUGAUUAUCUUGCGUUCCUGGGUGUGGACUGCCUAUGAACAAAUCCAGCUCAUUGUAGGCAAGUCUGCAGACCCAGCUUUCCUCAAAAAAUUGACUUAUAUCGCCUUGACCCAUCACCGUAAGAUUCUGCAAGUAGAUACAUGCACAGCGUAUCACGCCGGCAAUAACUUCUUUGUGGAGGUGGAUGUUGUCAUGGCACCAGAGACACCGUUGUGGGAAAGUCACGAUAUCAGUGAAGGCCUUCAGAUCAAAUUGGAGUCUCUCCCAAAUGUUGAGCGUGCGUUUGUACAUGUUGACUAUGAGACUUCUCACGCUCCAGAGCACCGCAAGUUGAAGUAG